AUGUCUCUUCCGAGAAUAAUCAAGUGUGUAAACUCUUCCAUCACAUGCCUAUCUUUAUCAUAUAUAGGAUCGAAGGCCACCACCACCCCAUUUUAUCCAAAUCCUUCAUUCCUAUCUAUUAAGUCUCUCUGUACUCUUUUCCACUCUCUAUCCCUGAUGGGUUUAGUAUUUGGAAAAAUCAGCGUUGAGACCCCAAAAUAUGAAGUGAUCAAAUCCACAAGUGACUAUGAAAUCCGCAAGUAUGAACCCUCUGUGGUGGCUGAAGUCACAUAUGACCCAUCACAGUUCAAGGGAAACAAAGAUGGUGGCUUUACGGUUUUGGCCAAUUACAUUGGUGCUUUAGGGAACCCCCAGAACACAAAGCCUGAAAAGAUUUCCAUGACUGCUCCUGUUAUAACAAAGGAUCAUGGUGGUUUUGGAGAGAAGAUUGCUAUGACAGCACCAGUGGUUACAAAGGAUGGUGGUGUCGGUGGUGAAGAAGGAAAGAACAAGAUGGUGACUAUGCAGUUCCUUUUACCAGCUAUGUAUAGGAAAGCUGAGGAGGCACCUAAGCCUAUUGAUGAGAGGGUUGUGAUCAGAGAAGAGGAUGAGAGGAAAUAUGGGGUCGUGAAGUUUGGAGGAGUGGCAACAGAUAAAGUGGUGAAGGAGAAGGUGGAGAAGUUACGGAUGGGUUUGGAGAAAGAUGGGUUUAAGGUUGUUGGGGAUUUCUUGCUGGCUAGGUACAAUCCACCUUGGACAAUACCUACUUUCAGAAUUAAUGAGGUUAUGAUCCCAGUUGAAUGAGCAUACUGGAUAUUAAUUAAUAGUGAUAUAGAUUUCAGUACUUGGUGUUUGUUAGGCUCCUGCUUUUCUUCUACAUGAUGAUGUUAGAAUAAUGUUGUAGUUCUGCCUAUCGUUAUUUUACUCAUACAUACAAUAUAAAGAAAAAUGACUGUUUUUGGUAUGACUUGUUCUGUUAUGGAGUCAAUGUAAAAAUUGGUCUCUAGAAAGUAAUACUUUAUUUACUUUUGAUCAUUGAGUGCGUUAAUUUACUUGCAUUUUGUUCCUUAAGAGAACUAUUUGAUUUCCCUCCGAAAGUGUCCACAAGUAAACUUGAUUUUUGAAUAUAUUAUUUUGUUUAUGUUUUACUCCAAUUUUGCUUAAAUUUUUAUAGGAAAAAAACACUGAAAUAUAAGCAAAUUAACGAGACUAAAUUGUGUAAAAUAAAAUUUCAUGAACUAAAGAUAAACAAAACGCUACUUUCAUGGAUCAAAUAUGAUGACUUCUAUUUCUGUCGACAAGAGUUUGCUGCUAAUGGUUAAUAUUUGUAAAUAUUUAUUGCUUAUUUUAUCUAUAUAUCACAAGCAAAUUUUAAAGGGAAUUGAGAAUUAUAAUCAAGAUACAUUCAAUAGUAACACAGCUGAUAUGUUAUGCUCGUUAUACUCCUGAAUUGAAUUUAUAGGAUUGUCAACUAUUCACGGAGCAUAAAGCUCAAAAUGUACAUAUCAUAGACACAACAGGGUAUAGCGCUUCAAUGUCACUCUAUUUAAGUUAUCCAGAGAACAGCUUCACAAUUAUAAUGACAAUGUUGAACAGAAUAAGGGGAAGUCUUAAGAAUUGACAGGCAUAUAUAAGCCCUAUCACUUGCCCUUUAAGAGAACUCCUCCUUGGUCCUGUCAUUUCUGCCAAAGUCCAUCCUCUUGGAGCAAGAAACCGGUCCUCAUUCAAUAUUGCCAAUGCAUUUGCGAAGAGCAGAAAACCUUCUAGCAAAGUCCAGAAACCCAUCUCCUGCCACAAAUACAAAGGGUGUGCAUCUUAGUACUAAGAGGAAAGCUUCACAAGUUCCACUCGUCACAAGAAUCAGUUAACCAAAUUCAAAUACCAAUAGGCUAUGAAAAUUGACACGCACAAUCUGAUGAUAAACAUGCUACAAUCAAAUCCUUAAGUCACUAUCAAGAGCAGCUAACAAUCUAACAUCUACCUGGCUUGAGCUGCAAAUGGGGUCAAUGCUUCAGCCUCACGGGAUAUUGAUCAAUAAUGUGAAACCGAACUUGUCAAAGUAAAUCCAAGUGCAAUGCAUUCAUACUCAGCUAGAUGAGUAAGAAAACACAAACUAGGGUGACAUUCUACACAGUUGACUACUGCAUGUAAAUAUUAAAAAAAAUACAAAGAAAUUGUGUCAAGAUGUUCCUUCCCUCAAUAUUAUAAUCUUUACCUUACAUGCCUCUCAAAUAUGAGUGUGCAGUCCAUCUCAUAUUAUGCCUAUCCUUACUAGGCUUAAAUAGAUGGGAAUGCAAAACCAAACAGGUAGUCUAACAAUGUACAGGUUUACACAAUUAAAAAUUGAAAGAAGAUCAUUAGAGAAAAUGCAAGGAGAUCCACAAAUAAUGCUUAUCCAAAAACUAACCUUCAAAAGUAAACUUGCCUGCUUAAAUUCAUUUAAGUCAUUUUACAAAGAAACUCAUAAAAGUCUGAUAAAAUGCAAGCUGUUUUUCUUAGAUAAAUCCAUGCAAAUUAAACCAAAAGACAGAAUCAUGGAGAACAAUAAGGACCACAGAAAACAGAACAACAGGCCCCAUAUGGGGAAAAUUUUCAUUAUAAUAAUGAUUUUGACUCAUCCACAAAGUUAAAAUCACUGCAAAACAUAUCCCAGUCAUUAGAAAUGUAGAACGCAUGAUUCUUAGUCUGCAAUGGUACAAAAUACUAUUCUGUCUCAUAAUCACUGCAAAAAAAGCUGCAUAACAUCGCUGAUUAAAAAUAACAUACAGCAAGAUAAGAAGUAAUAUGAUCAGAGGAGUCUCAGUAAAUUCAGACUUCUGAUUAUCUUCAAUUUCUUUAGGAAGUUUUGGAUAGAUAACGCUGGUUCUCAGUAAAAUUACUGAUCCUCAAAUCCAACCAUGUCAGAAUAAGUAGUUCAUUUAUUGUGUGUAUAACUCACAAGGCUUUUAAUUUUUAGAAUACUGCAUGUAAAAGUAAAACAAACCAAUCAAUAUGAAAAAUAUUCUUCACUGACAAUCAAAGUGAAAGAAUCAUUGAUGUUCAUAUGAAAAUUUCACUUCCAAAUUUUUUCCUAACAGUAACUAAACAAGUAAACAGUGAUUUAAUAAAUGUCUCCCUAUCUCAGAAGCAAAUCAGAGGUUAAUAACCAUCAGAAAUCAAUAUCACAACCAAACCCGCGUGCGAAUAAACCUUUAGCUGUAAACUGAAGAGAACACUAACAGUAUGGACCAUAAUAUCGGUCAAACGAAUUUUAAUUUUUAAGUCAACCACAAAAUUAAAAUCAUUGCAACCCAACGAUUUAAUCAAACGAAGAUA